UAUAAAUACUUUCUACUGCCCUAAUAACAGCCACCCUAGUCUAAGUACCUGAAAUCAGUGGAACAUCCGAAAGCAAACAGAUAUAGAACAUUUUGUCUGCAAAUGUGAGGUUUUGUUCCUAAAUUUAAGUUGAGUAAAAGAGUGCUACAAAAACUAAUUUUGCUAUAAGAGCAAGAAUGAAGACAUCUCAGGGUCAACAUCUUUGGUGGGUGAUCUUCAUUGCACUUGUUGUUGCUGAAGUACUACCAUUGACAGCUCAAGAUUUGAUGACAUCUAAUCAGUGUUUUGGAAUAUCCAGAGGUAAACAGUUUACCAUAGCAUUCAUGGAAAACACAAGCCAAUUUUCUGCAAGUAGACAACUCUUCAUUUUAGUGGUAGCGUUUAGUGACCAACAAACUGAAGUCACCAUUAGCAGCAAGCACAAAGUAGCUGGCAAGCCAUUACAAGAGACUUUCUUGAUUGAGGCCCGUAGUUUUAAGCGAACAACCAUUCCUUCUGCAUAUAUGAUGUCUGGUACAGAGAGAAGCUUAAAAGCAAUCAAGGUUUCAGCAUCUAGCGACGUGUCCGUCUACGGUCUUAUGUAUCAAGAUUUUACAACGGACGGCUUUCUCGGCAUACCAAUAACCAAUCUCGGUUCUCAGUACGUAGUGGUGACGUUUCAAAAGCGAGCUAGCGCAUCACAAUUUGCAGUAAUUGGGACUGAGGAUUCUACAACAGUUCAUGUUACCUUACGCGACACCGUUUCAUUUGAAGGUCAAAACUACAAUCAAGAUGACGUGUUGACGAUUAUGGUGAAUGACUCACAAGUGGUUCAGAUCCAGAGUACAAAUGACCUAUCCGGGAGCAUUGUUCAAAGUGACAAAUCUGUGGCAGUAUUUAGCGGCAACGAGUGCGUAAAUGUACCAGGUUCAACCUGUGACACACUGACAGAGCAGUUGGUACCCAUCAAUAGUUGGGGACAGAAACACAUAUACACUGCAUCUCAAAACAGCGACGACAAUAUUUAUCGAAUUAUUGCCUUUUUCAGUGGUACAAUUGUUACCAUUCCUGGAUUUCCUAAUCAGAUUCUAAACUCAGCUGAAUUUUGGGAAGGACGUUUGUAUAGUUCAGGUCUCGUUUCAUCAAACAAACCUACACUGAUGGUGCAGCUGUUAGCAUCUGUUAACGGUGAAACAGUCGACCCUUCUUUGAUACAUAUUCCAGCAGAGGAACAAUUUGGAUAUGUGUUUGGGUUUACAACGCCCCCACAUUCGGGUGAGGACUCUGGAGGUUUCUUUAAUUUCAUUAACAUCGUCACCAAAACAGACGCUCGUCAGACAGUGCAUCUUAAUGGUUCCCCAAUCAAUGGUACAGAUAUUCGCGAAAGUAAUGUACCUGGUACAGCAUAUUCAUUAAUUACCAUACAGCUACCUAAAGGAGAAGGGGUUUAUUAUGUUGAACAAACUGAUCCACUUUCAUCACCAUUAUCCGUAAUUGUCUAUGGAUACGAAGAUGAUGAAUCAUAUGGGUAUGCAGCUGGGUUGUCUCUUCCAAACAAUGAACAACUCCUGAGUUUCACACCAUACUAUUUCCGAGAGAUGGGUGGAGAAACUCUUACAAUUACUGUGCCCUGUCUUGAAACCAACUCCAUAGCAUAUCAGAGUGCAAUGUGCAAAUUUGACACUGGUAUCGGAGAUGUACUUGUGCCUGGAGACCGCGUUGACCCAUAUAUUGUCAGCUGUAUCACUCCUACCUUCUACAAAAAUGGACUGACACACGUGUCUGUCUCACUUGAUGAUGGCAACACGUUCCCGUACUCUGGCAUUGUCUACGUAGCAUCGCAAGAAGACUUAGGGCCACUUCUGACUGUUAAACAGGAAAAUUGGGAAGAAAGAGGUGAGGUUAUUGAUCUCACAGUGCGCGAUCCCAUUAUUUUAUCAUGGGAUCCUGAAAUCAUGGGUAAAGACGUAACGGAAGUUGAUGUCAUGAUUCAAGACUCGGAUAUUAACAACAACGACUUUCCAGUUUUGAUGGAAGAUAUCACUCUUAUGAAAAAAGUCCCAAACACCGGUAGCGUCAUCAUCCCUACAGCUGUUCUAGCUUCACAUCUGGGUAAUGCAAUAAAAAGAGGAAAAGACUUGUCAAAUGUAGCAUUUCACAUAAAACGUGUCGUGAAAGCUGUCACUUCAUUUGUGAGUAAGGUGUAUUCGAAAAUAACCCUACUAAUCAAAUCAAGUCUUGAUAGUCUUUGUACAUAUUACACCAAGAUAUUGAGUGAUGUUCCAAAGGACGUUCCUGCCUGCCCAUGUACUUUAGCUCAGGCUAAUGCGAAUUCUGAAUUCGAAAUAUCAAAUUUUUGGAAUUCUUUCUUUCAUAAAGGGGCUGAGAACUGCAUCAGAUCAACAACAUCAACCCCAUCAGGCUCUGGCCAACAGUGCUGUUACGGAACAGAUGGCAACAUCUUAGUCGGCGGAUCUCAGGGUGGAGGAACUGCUGACAGAUACAGUCCAGUGGAUAACUUCUGGCGCCAUCAAAAGUAUGAUGUUCUACCGUAUAUUGCCUGCUGCAAAUUAUCAAAAAACUGCGAUAAAUACUAUAAAACCCGGCCUUCAGAUGAUUGCUCAGAUUAUGACCCACCUAGACCAGCAGGAGGUAUGGGAGACCCUCACGUAACAACUCUUGACGGCAAGAAAUUCACUUUCAAUGGAGCUGGGGAAUUCCUGAUGGCAUCUUCCAAAUUAUACAAUUUGAUCUUCCAAGCUCGUAUGGAGGUGUAUCUUGACACCCUGGCCACUGUUUACACAGCAUUUGUUAUCCAUACCAAUAACUCGGCGAAAGUCCAGGUGCAGAUGUCAAAUAUCAAUGAGAUAUUGGUUCUUGUCGAUGGUGAGCCUCUGCGUCUUGCUUCCAGUCCAGUUAAAGUUCAUUAUCUAAAUGGGGUGCGCGUCAGUGUGAACAAUGAUUUAUCUGAAAUUAGGGUUGUUUUUAAUGCUGGUAUUGCUGUUAUCAUCUACAUAAAAUCGGAAGUCAUAUCUUUUAUUGCUCAACUUGAUACAAGGUUCAAUGGUCAAAUCGAAGGACUUCUUGGUAAUCUGAAUGGAGAACCGCACGAUGAUCUUCAGUUUCCAAAUGGUACCAUCAUGAACAAUAAUUCUUCUCUACAGAAACUCCAUGAAUACGGUCUAGAAUGGCUUGUGACUGCAGACGACUCCAUCUUCACAUAUAUAUCACCUUAUGACUACACUACGUACCAUUUUCCGGAAUUUACUCCAACUUUCGACAUCCCUGAUCUUGAUGUUGUUAGUCAGGAAAUCAAAGAUUUGUGUGGCGAUUCCUUUGAAUGCCUGUUUGACGCAGUGACGACCGGCAGCCUGACAUUCGCAAACAAUACCCGAGUGGUGUUAGCUACCCUUGAUAUCAUUCAAAAAUCCUCUGUCAAAAUUAUUAGCUGUGGUUUUCCGGGAGAUGUAGAGAACGGUCAAAUGUUUGGACAUGUGUAUCUGGUGAACUCAACCGUGGAGGUCUCUUGUGAGGCUGGUUACGUCUUAGAAGGCUCCUCUAGCCUAACCUGCCAUGAGGAUGGCCGUUGGUCCACUGAUCUUCCUCGAUGUGAAAGCUCUGGUAAAGGCUUAACAAUUAUAUUGGCAAUUGUUAUCAGCACAUUGAUAAUUCUUGCUGCUGCUUGUGUUGCAAUUGUCAUUUGCUUGAGGAAAAAAUAGCCUUGUGGCUUCAGGCCAACCAGCUCGCAAAAUAUGAGCCACUAGUUGUAAGUUUUUUUUAAAUUUUUUUUUAUUUCUUCAUAUCACAUUUAAAAAACAUACAGAUAUAAUAAAGGUUAAAGGAAUGCACGUUAAUGCUUAAACCAAGAACAUAUUUGAAAAAUAAUACUGUAACAAUUUAAAGUAAGUUAAAAAAUUUGGAUCAUUCUGCAUCGAAAGUUAUAUGCUUUUCACUUAUCUUAAAACACUUAGGCCUAAAUCAUUUUAAGGUACAAAUUUAGUGCUCUG